AAUUUAUUAUAGUUGACCACGGAACAUGUUUUUUAUUGUAUCUUAAAUUGAAUUAACUCGACGAAGGGCGCUGGAAUAUAAUUAUAAUGUACGAGUAAAUAUACUUUGACUACAACAAUAAGUGAACCUUUUGCGAGAGCAUGCGCAAUAUCGACUUUUCAUAGAAAAUACGGUACGGUCAUCGAGGAUGGAUCUCGCAGAACUCGUGCACCCGUUGUCUCAGUUUUAUUCAAGAAACUAUUAAUGAAAGCGGUAAAAUGAUUUUAGAACAGUAUCCACUAUGUUAACGGGAAUAUUUAAAGGAACUCUUUUAUGUUGCGACGAUGAAAAUUCUACCUGGAACAAUAUAAUUAACGCUGAUAAACAUGCUCUCAAUGAGACUACAUCUUUGUUACGCGUUCUUUAUAGAAUAGUAAUUCCUACAAUUGUAAUUGGCGGCAUUUUUGGUAAUGUCUUAAUAAUCCUGGUGUUAUCCACUCCGGUGUUUCGAGGAGUCGCGUAUUUAUAUCUCCGAGGAUUAACUUUAGCGAACGCCGGAGUUCUUCUAUCUUGGAUACCUGUAUUUAUUAGAUUAGGAUAUGGAUUGAGGAACAAUUAUCCGUCUGUUUUUUAUCAUGCUCAUUUAGAGCUAGUUGCCGUAAACACCUUCGCUAUAGCCAGCAUUUUAAUUAUGACCUGCUUAAUCGUCGAUCGAUAUAUCUUUAUUUUUUUCCCGGCUCGUAUCCGCAGCAGAAAUGCACGCAAAAAUGUUCGCUCAUUUAUCCUGUGUUCUUUCAUCCUUGGAUUCGCGGUAAGCGCUCCAUUAACGGGAAUGAGAAUGGUAUAUGAACAGCAAGAAGAUACUGGAACUCUCUUCACACUGCGUGAAAAUAUUUCUAUCACACGAAGCGCUUUAUGGAACGCGUACAUUUGGAUAAUGGAAGUCGCGUUACGGCUUUGUCCAACUAUAAUUCUUCUUUUGCUAAAUAGUUUCGUGGUCAAAAGAUUUUUGCAACUUAAUGCUAAAAAAAGAGAAUUCCAGUCGGUUUCAGAAAAAUUUCGUACUUUAAAUGUUCCUGAAACUUCUUUAUUGACCCGUAAUCGAGGAUACAGGGAAGAACAGAAUUUAGCUACAUUAAUGUCGGUGAUGGCAAUAUGUUUUAUAAUAACAAUGAUCCCAUCAAUAUUGCUUGAAUUUGUAUAUUAUGAUUCUAAGACCGUUGAUGGCGGUUACUUUUUAUUUAGAGCAUUUGCUGCUAUCACGGAGCUUUCUAAUUUUGCUAUCCAUAUUAUCAUAUACUUUAUAUGCAGCAUAGAAUUUCGGAAAGAAUUCUUCAAACUUCUUCAGAACAGAUGUAAGAAGAGUAUAGUUGAAGAAGAUGUUGAAAGACCAAUAGGUGAAAUCGAAGAUUAUAGUCGACAUGGAACAACAGUCCGAUUAACACCCGAACAGACGAAGUUAAAUUCUCCAGCUUCUGCAAGUAAAUUGAAUCCUAUGGAAGAAGAUAAAGAAUCGGAAGUAUUAAAUGCUUCUGAUAUUGUCUAAAGAUUAUGUCUAAAGAUUGUCGUCUAAAAAUUAUUACAAAUAAAGCACUAUAAUAUGAUAUAUUAAUUUAUUUACGUAUGAUGAAAUGUUUUACUUUGUCAAUGCGGAUGCAAAUUAAUUUCUCAUGUACAUAAUUUCAUUUACAUAAUAAAAAUUUUGUUUU